UCGCUCCCGUUUUGACCCGGUGACGAGCUAACUUAUGGAAGACGCUAGCCGUGAAGAAAAAGAAGCUAGCAGCGCGGACAAUAGCAGCGACGAAGCUAGCACUACUGAGCAAAACGCGAGCUCGGAAGCUAGCAGUGGCACAGAAGAACCAGGCGCCAGUCCCGAAAGUGCUAACAACGAACAAAACCAAGAGACUGUGAGUGAAAUACGGACAUACGCCAUGGCGCUGUACAGUAGUGACAUUGGUCUACAAUUUGACGAAACGGCGGAGAAUUUCGAGAACUAUGAAGAAAGGUUCCUGCAAUUUUUGGCUGCAAACAAUAUCGAAGAAGCACGUAAGAAAGCCGUGUUCUUGUCAGUGGUAGGGCCAAAGACUUUUGCCUUGCUGAAAGACUUGAUAUCACCGAAACAGUUCAGUGAGGCCACGGUGACACUUAAGGUUUUGUUGGACUCACUUCGGGAUUUUUACAUGCCAAAGAAAAAUGUACUGGCUGAGAGGUUCACGUUCAGAAGCCGUCGUCAGCAGACGGGUGAGAGUUUUUCUGACUACAUGGCUAGUUUGAAGGGGUUAGCAUCAACGUGCGAUUUUGGCGCAAAUCUAGAAGAGCAGCUGCGUGAUCAGUUCGUGUGCGGCACGUCUAACAAUGACCUUCGGCGAAAAUUGCUGAAUGCAGCCAUGGGGGAGGUUGAGUUAAAGUGGGCGAAGUUGGUGGAAAUCACCAACAAUUUCGAGUGCACUACGGCUGGACUGGAAAGCAUGCAUAAGGGGCACGGCCAGACACCAAUCCACCUGCGAGCUGAUCACGUCGGGGCGAGAAAGCCACGAGAGACCAGCAGGACUACGCGGACCGUGGGGGAAAAGAUCGACGACAGCAACCGGGACUGCUACCGAUGCCUGGGAAAGGGACAUGGACCCGGGAGCUGCCGUUUCAAAGAAUUCAGAUGUCGCGGAUGCGGCAAGAAUGGUCAUCUUGAACGCGCUUGUCGUAGCGGGCGCAACGACGCAGGCGGGGAGCAGCGAGACUGGCGACGUCCGCCUAGUGCAGGUGCUGUUGGGGCGCCUUCCGUCAGAAGCGGCCCUGGGGUCAAGUUCGUGGACCAAGGAGCCGACUACGAACCGCAGCCCGAGACGGAGCUGUCUGAACAACUUGACAUGAGACUUUAUACUGUAAAGACUGAAUAAGCACACCGCAGUCCACAACGGGGAAAACGCCUGCAGAGUUAUUCCUGAGGCGCCAGUUCAAAACCAGAUUAUCACUCACAAAACCCAGUUUUGCGGACUCCAUGCAACAGAGGCAGGAGGCUCAGCAGACCAAACAAGCUGAUUCACGCACACGUACAAGACACUUCCUUCCUCAACAGAGGGUUUUGGUUCGAAACCACAGGGGAGGGGAAGGUGGGAAGUGGGUACCAGGGACUAUUGUCAAGGCACUAGGUCCUGUUACUUACCUGGUGAAAGUGUAUGGAAAAGUGUGUAAGAGACAUGUUAACCAGAUGAUUGAAACUGCACUGGAGAUGUGUAAUGACAAAGUGGAUCAAUACAAUGAUUCAGAGGACUUUUCAGACCUGGAGACGGGUUCCAGGGUGCCACAGGCAGGCGUGGCUAUGCCUGAUAGCGUGGUGGAGUUCCCUACGAGGGAGGAACCCCAAACUGUUAGUAGUGGGGUUACCGUUCCGGUUCCUGAGGUUGUGCAGAGGCCCAAGCGUCACAUUAAACCACCUGAAAGGCUAAAUCUGUAGAACCCUGAGUUGAUGUAAAAUAUAUACAAGAGAGAGAAACAUGUUUUUGUUUGAGGGUGUGGGGGUUUCAUGCUUCAGGGGAGGAGUGUAGUGUAUUAGAUACACUUUUUGUAUUUUGUUUUUCUUUGACUCUGUCAUUUAUGUUGGGGGUUUUAUGCCUUUUAUGUUUGUUUACUGAUUGUACAUUUAUGUUAACCUCUGACCCUGGUUUUCAUUGGUGGGCUGCUUGAUAUAUAUAUGAAAGCGCGCGAGGGCGCGCGCUGAUCAAUGCAGAGACAAGAAUGUGAAGACUCAUCCUGUUCACCUCUCGAGCAAUGUUACCGGGCUGGUAAAUUAA